UUAAAAAUGAAUGCGGAAAGCCAAUCAAAAUAUCACAGUUGUGAUGAGAUUGAAGAGACUGGUGUGGAAUUUAAGAGGGAAGAGCAAAAGAAAGAGCAAGAGAAAUCGAAGUAUUGGGUCUUGACUGCUUUGAUAGCAGGGAUCUGAUUUGGAACGUGAAACAUCUUUUUGGGCAAAGUCUCUCAUUUUGGGAUUUAUAGUAGAGAGGUGGUAUCAGUAGGUGCACUAGCGUUUAGUGCUGGUUAUUUUAUUGUGCAAGGAUUAUAUAAUUUGGCUUGAAGAACUUCCACCAAUCAGCAUGAAGAUACAUCACCAUCUGUCUAUAAUAGAGAGAUAGGUCAAAUUAAUUGGAUCUACUGCUUUUGAAUCAUAGCAGAUGGCGUUUUAACAUUUUUGAACGGAGUAUUAAUCAUCAUUUCAUAUAAACUUGCACUUUAUGGAAAUUUAAAUCAGGGUCUGAUCACUGCAUUAUUUGCUUUAACAUCUGUAUAUUUGGCUGUUUUUUCUUGGAAAUUUUAUGAUCAAGAUAUUACCUUUUUCCAUGUACUUGGGAUGCUGUUUCUAGUAGCUUGAGCUUUGCUGAUCUCAUUUUCCAAGAAAGCCACUCAAGGAGCUGUUGUCGAAGUUUACGGUGAAAUAAUUCCUGAAAUCUCUCCGGUUUGGGGUGUUCUUGUUGGGAUCCUAUGUACUUCUCUGUUCUUCUGCAGGACCAUCCUCAUAAAAGAGUAUCACAGGAGGUUCAAAGUCGACCCAAUGAAGCUAACAGUGCACUCGUAUAUCUUUCAAGGUGUAAUCAUGGUAAUAGUAGUUUUUAGCCAGGAGUUGGCUUCAGGAGAUGUAAUGAGGGACAAUCUUUUGGCAGGAGGCUUUGGGUUUUUAGGAAACACAUUUAUAAACCACGCUACAACAAAAGGAUACGCUGGUCCAGCUGCAGCCCUUGCAAACAUACAAAUAAUCAUCCAGGUAGUCUUUAACGCUGCUGUCUUUCAACAAGUACCCAAUGGAAUGCAGGUUGUGGCCUGAAUCUGCGGAAUCUGUGGGUCAUUAUCCAUCACCAUCGGUAUCUCAGUAUGGAAAAUGCUCUUCAAAAGAGCUUCAUAA